AUGUCGUCUUCCCCUACCUGGUUCCGGAAAGGCAUCGACCCUGGCACCAUCAUCACCCUUGAUCAGCCCCUUCCUUCGCAAUGGCAAAUCAUGAAGAAGCUGAAUGAGUAUAAUUUUCAGCUUGACGACGCCGACCUUCGCCUUGGUCUCUGGCUGUCCCUCGCCUCCACCAAACUUCUGUGUUGCGAUCCUAUCGAUAACACAAAGCAAGCCUUUAUGCGUCUCUACCUUCAGGUCCCUUUUCGUGGUACUGAUAUAGCCGUUGCCAAUACGAGAGCUAGUCAAGCCAUAACACUCAUCCCCCAGGAGUUAAUGGCCUAUCAAGAACUUACUAAGAAAGAAUCAAGCAAUACUCCGAAGCUCUUAGGAUACCAAAUCUCCACCCAGGAUAAGUCCGGGCCAGUCCCGGGUGGCUUCGCGGUCUGGGUGGUGUGGGAGCUGGUGCCAGGGCUGCGUCUUGGCAGCAAGAUUGGGCCUGAUGCAUUUUGGGCUCUUGAUGGCCCUAAAAGAGAAGAAAUCCGCUUGUCCUUCGUGAAGGCCUUAAAGGAGCUGAAAGGAAUUGGGUAUCUCCCAGAUACGUCGGCGCUCAGUAGCCUAGUCUGGCAUCAGGAGUCAAGGACCCUUUACUUCAUCGGAUUCCGUGAUCGUAAUAUUGGCCAAUUUGACAGCUUGGUUGUUGAUGCUAAAUGGGUAGCGCGCUACGGGCUCGCCAAACCAAACUCGGAUGCAUGGCGUAAAGAGGGAUGGAAUGAGGAUACGUCGGGCUGGGAAUGGUAG